AUGCCAGAAUUCGUGACACCGGGUCAAAGAUUAGGAUUUACACAAAAUUUUAAAGCAGGUCCUGGUACUUAUAUUCGAGGUAGUCAUAUCUAUGCUAGUGUUGUUGGUGUAAGAAAAGAUUUUGUCAAGAAAGACGAAGAAAAGAUACCAAUAAUAACAGUUUCAAGGGAAAAAAAACAAUCGGCAGUACCAGAUGUUAAUAGUAUUAUAACAGGUAAGGUUAUACGUAUAAAUCCAAAAGAAGCUUUUGUGUCUAUAAUGGUUGUUGAUGUAAGAGCUACAGAAAAGGAUAAAGUCAAGAUUUACAAUUCAUUCAGACCUGGUGACAUAGUAAGAGCAGAAAUUUCACUUGGAGAUGCAAGAUCUUAUACGUUAUCUACAGCUAAAAAUGAACUCGGUGUCAUAUAUGCACAAAGUGUCGCAGGUCAAUUAUUUAUUCAUGUUAUUGAUUGA